CGUCACGUCGCGAAAGGUUCGCUUUCGUAAUCUCUCCCAUCGUCUCCAUUCCCAGUUUCUGUUUCUCGUAGCUGCGAUCGCUCUGGUUGUCACACAUGGCGACAAACGAAAAGCUUAUGAAAAAGGUAGAAAAUGUGGGCUUUAUAGGCGCGGGAAACAUGGCCCAGUGCAUCAUAAGGGGCAUCAAGAGCGCAGGUGUACCGGCCCAAAACAUUUGGGUCAGUGCUCCAUCCCUGAAGAACCUGGAUGCACUCAAGGAGGAGGGAUACAACACGACACAGCGAAAUGCAGAGGUACCCAAGAAGUGCAGUAUAGUGUUCCUCUGCGUGAAGCCGCACCUGAUGGAUGUUGUCGGUGCCGAGAUACAACCGCAGCUGACAACCAACCACCUCGUCAUCAGCGUCGCGGCGGCUGUCAAGAUUUCUCACCUAGUCGCUAUGCUCCGUGUGCCAUGUCGAGUGGUCCGGUGCAUGCCGAACACGUGUGUGACAGUGGGUGCAGGUGUGUGUGCCAUCUGCCGUGGCCCUGGUGUGGAUGCGGAUGAUGUUGCGCUGAUCAUCAACUUGCUGGGCAGCAUUGGCCUGUGCGAGGAGGUCUCGGAAAGCAUCAUGGAUGCUGUCUGUGGACUCAGCGGAUCAGGCCCUGCCUACGUAUGCCUGGCAAUCCAGGGAAUGGCAGAUGGAGCAGUCAAGAUGGGCAUGCCCAGGCAGCUAGCACUCAAGUUUGCUGCACAGACCAUCAUGGGUGCUGGCAAGAUGGCUCUCGACAGUGGCUAUCACCCAGAGGAGCUGAAGGACAACGUCUGCUCGCCAGGGGGAACCACGGCCUACGGUCUGUCGGCCCUCGAGAGCCGCUGCGUGCGUGCCGCCUUUGCCGAGGCUGUCGAGGCCGCCACACGCCGUGCUCAGGAGCUGGGACACAAGGUCGAAAGCAAGGGCGCUUCCUCGAACUGACUCUGUGUGGGUUUACCUUUGGAUGCGGCACCCACAAGUUCUUCUUCGAGUGUGUGACAGAGGUGAAGACAAAGACUUUGUCACCGUUCAAGCCCAGUCUUCUUUGCAGUCUUGAAAGAACUGGCCGUGGUGCAGUACGUGCUGGAUGUGCUAACCGUGUCUUAAUUAAUACACUGAAAUACCCACAGACACACUUCGCUGAACUGGAAUAUUCAAGAUAAAAACUGUACCGAAAGCAUUUGAUACUUCACAAUUAUGAUAGCGACGCCGGGGUAUGCAGUCUUCAGUCCUCUCUUAGUAUAUUUGUUUCCUACUGUAUGGUGCAGCUGGCAAAUAAAAGGUGCGUAGAUUCAGUGAUAGUUUUGCUUGGUCUGAAGAAAGGGUCACUCAGUCUUGAGAGUAGAUACAACAACUUUCACCAUCGAUGAUGUAUACUAUCGCUAUCACAGCGUUCACGCAUCACUUAAACACGUGCUGAAGUAUGUAAUGAUGUUGUGAAACUAAACAAAACUAAUGAUGAUAGGUUCAGUGAAUAUGAUUCCUUGCAUCGGAACCAAGCAAGCAGAUAUCACAAUGUAUCAUUGGUCAAUUACGAUACUUUUGUGAUAGCUUUGCUGGAGCACACGCAUUGACAGCUUUCAUUGUUCUUAAUGUAAUUGUGUGCACAUCGUAGUGUUACAAAAGUGUGCUUCGUAAACUGCCUUAGUACAAUGCUUAACAUUUUCCAUGGCCCAAAAGGUAUUGGAAAUGUUUGCUGCAAGAUUAAAUCACGGCAAUGAGCACAUACAUUGUUUUUUAUGUGCAUGUCUGUUUGGCAAAGCAGUACAUACCAGCCUUCUUUCAACAGUGCAAUAAAACCAACUCGUGCCAUUUUGUGUUAUGUCUGGUAAAAAAUGAAAUAAAAGUCACAGAC